AUGCAACUUGGAACCAUACUGAACACUAAACUGAACGCCAUAGCAGGUCGACAAAUGUCCUACGAAAUGCAACACACAAUGCAGCACGAGCUCCAGCAACAGCCGCAAUUUGCACCAGCUCCAUACAUCAACGGGCGGAUAAAAUCCGAAAACAACUCUGAACGAGGCGUUUCACCACAUCCAUCAGAUCAUUCUUCGCGUUAUUCUUCCCAGGCACCGCAGCCGCUGCAGUCCUACCCACAACCCAUGACCAGCAACAUGGCGAAUGGUAUUCAUCGAUACCCGUCUCCCACACACAUGCAGAGCUCAAUGCCGAUGCUCAACAACUAUGGUAUACCAAAUCCUCCCGAUAACGGAUAUGCCCAACAAGCACAACAAGAGUCGCAAGGGCAAACGCCUGGACGGUCUGAAAACCCCCAAGGUCCCCCAAAAGCCUUUUCUUGCUCAACUUGUGGGAAAGGAUUCGCGAGACGUAGUGACUUGGCUCGUCAUGAACGUAUUCACAGCGGUGUAAGGCCCCAUGUGUGUGACUAUCCUGGCUGUGGAAAACAAUUUAUUCAACGAUCUGCGUUGACUGUCCACCAACGUGUCCACACUGGCGAGAAGCCUCACAUGUGCGAGAGAUGUGGCAAGCCCUUCAGCGAUUCCAGCUCCCUAGCAAGACAUCGACGAAUUCACUCUGGGAAGCGGCCUUAUAAAUGUCCGUACGCCGAUUGCCAAAAAACUUUCACCCGUCGUACUACCCUCACUCGCCAUCAAAACCACCACACCGGCACUGUUGAGGAAGCAGCCGCUGCAACGGCCGCUGCAUUAGCGUCUCGCCAGUCUGCUCCCAGUCGAUCAACACGUUCCGAUGUCGAUGACUACUCUGAAACGCAUUCGCCAAUGCCAACGCCUUCGCCUCAUGAGAGGCCGAUGUCCAUGUCACCUGCUGCUGGAAUGCCUGCGGUACCACAGAUGCAUAGGCAAGCCUCCGACUACAACUAUAUGGGUAAUAUGAAUGUGCCGCCGCACCUCAGGAACGAGAUGCCUCAACAGAGCCCGCGCGCUUCCCCAUCUCUAGCACAGUCCUAUGCUUCUGGCAUGGCGCCCCAACCUCGAGUCACUUCUCACCCAACUGCCUUCAACCCUCCACCUAUUCUAGAACCUCCAGCCACCUCAAACAAUCAUCAAGCUGGCAGCGCGAAUGCUAGUCCCCAUAUGGGAACCAUGGGAUGGCAAUCACCAGGACAUCAAUCAAUGGCCUCACCUGGUGCCGGAGAGUCGUAUGUCUACCCCGAGCACGCAUACCAGCCGCACGCCCAAAACCAAAACAUGUAUUAUAACAGCAACAAUAACAUCCGCCGACCAAACAGCACAGAGCCGGACCACCAAUAUGACCCGCGCCAGCAACGAAUGCCUAACGAUAUGUGGGCGCCACCUGUUCAGUAA